AAAAGGCAGACAUUUCUCUCGUUGUCCAACACGCGAAGACAGAACCAAGAGCCAGACUGCUUAAGAUUUUCCCCAAAUUUCAGCGAUUCAUUCAAAAAGCUGACCAAGAAAUCCCAAAUUCCAGUUCCAGAGCCCUCAGAGUGUCGGACUUCCUGAAGACCACGAAAAUGUCGUCCGUCAAAGCCAUCACAAAGAAGAGCGGGCCGGAUCCCGAGCUCACCAAAUCCGAUAAGAGAAAGCGAGCCGACGACGAUGAUCUCGAAUUCGACCUCGACCUCUCCGAUGAUAUCAAAGGCAUUAUGUCGGCAUUGCAAAUGAUCAGAGAGAAAGCGAACAAGGACGGCCAAAAGAAGAACGAAGAGACUAUUUCCAGUGUGACUGGUGAGAUAAAAUCUAUGAUCGAUGAAGUGAAGGCUAAGUUCGAAAAGGACAGGCAAACUUUUGCUAAAGCACUUUCGAAGAGCUCAAAAGAGUGUGAAAAAUGUUUGAAGGAUGAGACUGCCAAAUUCCAAGUACUCUAUCAGAAAUUCUGCAAGGACAAGGCCACCCAUCUGCAGGCUCUAAAAGAUACUAUUUCCAAAUUUGAAGAAGAAAAAGAAAGGCUCUUUAUACGAUAUGAACAAAUGAGGAAGAGAGAGAGGAGUAUGAUAUCUGAAAAAGAGAGGGCUUGUGCUGAUAAAAUUGCCUAUAUGGAGGAGUCCUUGAAAAAGAAGCAACAGGAAGACAAGACUUUCAGCAUUCUGAGGAAAACACUAGGUUCAUUCCUAGAUAAUGCCUCGGAUGAGGACUUCCCGCCUGAUGAUUGAAGAUUUGUUCCAGUAGGCAACUGGGCAAAACAUUAACUGUAACUACUGUCAUCCUUACUAAAAUCAGGUAUUCCUUUCAGUUUCUUUUCGCUUUUCAUUCAAAAAGCAGACCAGACUCAAAUUGCGUUCCAUUAUCUGGAAGUUUAUGUUUCCAUUGAUGAGUUCUGUAUUACACGCAUUCCAGAAUUCAUCUCUGUCGAAAUAUAUUGUUGGCUCUACUAUCAUCUUCCGUACCCAACCAUUAUAUAAUACAGUUUAUAGUUUUAA